AACAUAAUUUUUGAUUCGAGAGUCGCGCCAACUCGUCGACUGGUCGACUCGAGGAAACGAGUUCGCUCCACGGCGCGAAGGCGCUUGCUUGUGUGAGCCGUUUUGCGCUGAAAAUGUGGUUUCAUUCGACUUGACGCACCGCGAAAUAUUAAUUCAGUGACUUGAAUUUCGUUUUUGUGACUGACAUCUCUAUUUUGAAGGAAAUUCAACAGUUUGAUGAGUGUUUUGUGUACGAGAAGACUACGUGGUUAAUAAAUUACGGAUUUUUUCGCAACCGACUGCACAAUGCAAACAAUUUUGAAUUUUAAGUCUACAUCUAGUGUGUGUAAAUUAGUACUGUUAAAAAAAUGUUAACAGGUUGUCUAGUGUUUUCGCUUCUAGUUUUUCACACAUUCCCAACAGGGCUCUGCUCGAGCCUGCUAUGCGGGCGCACCAAAGAGGUGGAGGUGGGGAGCGGGGUCGGCGCGGGCGCAGCGCUCGCGCUGGCGUUGGUCCGCCCCCCCUCUGCCGCGGGGAACACCCCCUGCCAGCUGAAGCUGACGGCGCCUGACGCUGCUGCCUUCGCUGUCAGGCUUAUUGAUGUUAAGGAGUCGUUAGCAGACUGGGAGCGCGGCUACGCAUCGCUUCAAGCACCAACUCCCAUAGCGGGUGCUCGCAAGUGGGGCGCACGCGCUGCGCACACGCAGGACACCGCGCCUGACAAUACAGCGCCCGCCACCAACGCUACGGACGUUUGCAAACUGCUUGUGUACAUCGGCGACGCCAAAACUCCAAUAUGGCCGAUGUCGCUGUGUGGCGGGAACGCUGCUGCGGUCGCCGCGAGGACCGGCACCAAGCUGCUGCCGCCCAAGAUACGCGUGGUGUGGAACCCGCCCACCACGCCGUAUCAGCAUACUGAGAAGCUACGGCUGGUGGUCACUGCUAUCAAUAGUGGCUCAGUCUGCAACAACGACUCCCAAUUUAUAUGCGGUGACACCAGCCUCUGCAUAUCCUCGUACCUCGUCUGCGAUGGAGUGAGGCACUGUCCAGGCGGCGAGGAUGAGGACGCCAGCGCCUGUUCCCAUAGAAGGGACCCGCCACUCCUGGAACUGCUGAGGAGGUUCGCUGCGAGGAACCAGGAGCUGUUGGGACUGGACGAACCUGAUACUAUGACGAAGCCGUCGGUUAUAAGCGACUUGAAACUUUCAGUGAAGAUAUCGGAGGGCGAGCAGAAGUCCAACGCGUUUAUGGAGUUCGCGGCUGCGCUGAAGCCGUACGGACCCUGGAGCUACCUGGUGGUCGGCAUGCUGGUCUGCGCCACCAUACUGAUGUUCUGCCUCGCUUGGGAAUGCUGCUGCAAACGCUCCAAGCCUUCUGACACGCCGUUGAACAUCCCUCCAUCGUGCAUUGACCUCUCGCCAACUGUCACCGUGACAGCUGCCUCACAACAGAUGUUUACUUCCUCCCUUCCCUCCACUCCCCCCGAGUACGAACCACCUCCUUCCUACUCCUCGCUGUUCCCGAGAGCCUUCAAGUCUUCCCCUACCCCGGUACCGCACUGCUCUCACCAGGAGCCCCCGGAUUGAAUCUAAACACAAUAUUAGUUAGGUAGGAUAUUCCAAUUCAUGCUGCCCGCGAUAUGGUCUGCUGACAGAAUUGACCCCCAGUCCUUGGUG